AUGCAGCUGCAAAACAGUCUGGUCUUUGGACCAGUCUUGGUCCAAACUGGUUACAACCAGUUCAAGACCGGUUUUUCAACUAAAUAUGCGAUAGAAUUUGCAAUUAUGAGUCGUUUUUGGCCUAAAAAUAUGAUCUUAGCGAACCGAUCUAAUACCAACGCAAAGCGUCUACUAGCAGUGGGUUUUCCGCUUCUUCCACCAAGGUCUCUCAGUGGGCCUACCCACGUCCAGUUAAGGCUGCAAAGCGUAAUUGCAUUGAUCCUCUACUCAGGUUUCGAUGUAGUUGCAACUACAACAACAAGUAUAUUAGGGUUUACCAGCCAGGCUCAAACAAUUUCCUUGGAUACAUCAAGAACUCGUUUCCCGCUGAUGGGAGUCAAGAUUACUCAAGCAGGACCAUUAGAUAUGCUUUCAGUCUCGAACGCCGUGAUGCAAAUAUUGUUUGAUUCUCCCCGCACUGGUUCAAGCACUGUUGAAAUCACCAUCAACGCAAGUGCCUGCACACCGACAUCCACACUGCCUAAUGAAUUUAUGAAAUGA